GGUAAGCCUCUGUUGUACACAUGUUCCCGCAUUAAACUGCAUAGAUCCCGAUAAGCAGUAAUCUGAUAAACAUAAAUAAACCCCUCUUCUCCCUGCAUUCUCUUCCCUCUGCAACUCUCGAUUUCCCUCAAUUAGCUACAAACCAGCAUAAAAAAUGGAUUUCUCCCUUCAAUCCCACAAGUCCUUCAUCGGCCUCCCAGCGACAGAGCUUCCAACGCCAUCUCUGGUGCUGAGCAAACCUGUUAUUGAAAACAAUAUCCAGCAGCUCCUCGACGAUGUCAAGCAUCUCAACAUCGCGUUCAGACCGCAUGUUAAGACGCUCAAAUCAACAGAAGUAACCCGCAUGAUGCUCGGUAAUGGCCGCCAUCGCCGCAUCGUAGCAUCCACCCUCUGCGAAAUCCGAGGUGCCAUCGCCCUCGUACAAGAGGGUAUCCUCGACGAGAUCCUCUACGGCCUUCCCCUCCCGCCCAGCGCCCUCCCCCACCUAACCACCCUAGCAAAAACAAUCCCCAACCUCAAAAUCCUCCUAAUGAUCGACAAUCCGCAACAAAUCACACAUCUCGAGAAAAAUGCCGAGUCAAACCCGACUCUCCCACCUUGGCCGGUGUUUAUCAAAGUCGAUGUCGGAUCGCACAGGGCCGGUCUUGAAACAUCUUCGCCUUCGCUUCCGGAUUUGGUGAAGAGGGUUGAGGAGUCGAACGCAACGCAUGUUUAUGGAUUCUAUUGCCAUGCGGGACAUUCGUAUGCGUGCAAGAGCAGUGUGGAGGCGGAGAAGGUGUUGGGGGAUGAGAUUGGUGGUGUGUUGAGGGCCACGGAGUUUUUGGGGGAGAGGAAAGAUAAGGGAAAGGUGGUUGUUUCGGUGGGAUCGACGCCGACGGCGCAUGUUGUUAAAGCGUUGAAGGAGAGUAUGCCUGGGAGUGUGGAGGUUGAGUUACAUGCUGGAAACUACCCCGCAAACGACCUCCAACAGCUUAACACCGGCCUCGUCACGUCCUCCCAACAAGCCGUCCGCAUUCUCGCAGAGGUAUGCAGCGUGUAUCCCGAGCGCAAUGAGGCACUAGUCAAUGCGGGCACUAUCGCGUUAGCCAAAGAAACCAGUGAUUCACCGGGAUAUGGCCGCGUGGUGGAUAAGCCGCAAUGGAGCGUUGUGCGGAUGGCACAGGAGCAUGGGAUUUUGGGCUUUACUGGAGCUGCACAAGGGAAGGAGAAGGUGGGGGAAGCGUUUCGGGUGGGAGAUAAGGUGUGGUUGUAUAUUCAGCAUGCUUGUAUUACGGCGGCGGCGCAUCAUGUUUAUUAUGUUGUUGAUGAGGGGGAUGUUGUUAGGGAGACCUGGGUUCCUUGGAAGGGGUGGUAG